UCCCCUGAACUUGCUGUAAAGUCUGGGACAGUCAUUCGGACACAGACGUCGCUUUCUUAGCUCGUGGGUAUUGUUGUAUCAUAGGCGAUCAGAACUAUAUAAAGAAAAAGAACAAUAGUCGAAAGGACAAAAGAGUGAGACAAGGGGGCAGGCCAUUUUGCAGUGGAAAUCUAUGCUCUUUUGAAAAGGUGUUGUUCUCCACUCGUGCAUGUUCAAAUCGGAGGAGUAUAUAGAGCCGUAGGUCGGCCCGGACGUUUAGUUUCGCAGUGAACGGCACUAUCAAACAGAAGGCAUGAUUUUGAGACUGAGUUCAAUCUGUGUUGCCUUUUCUAUUCAUGUCUUCUUGCAAUGCAUGUGGAUUAAGGUGGCUGUUGCAUCUGGACACUUCGAAUUGCAAAUUGUAUCGAUGCAGAACGUGAAUGGCGAACUGCAGACUGGCGUGUGCUGCGAUGGAUCUCGGAAUGCCGCCGAUCGCAAGUGCACGAGGGACGAGUGUGAUACCUAUUUUAAAGUGUGUCUAAAGGAGUACCAGUUGAAGGUCUCUUCGGCGGGACCAUGCAGUUUCGGGACGGCUUCUACACCCGUGGUCGGAGGGAAUACUUUUUCUUUGCGGAGCAUGAGGAGUGACAAGUCGAGGAUUGUAUUACCUUUCAGCUUCGCUUGGCCGAGGUCCUAUACAUUGAUCGUGGAGGCCUUGGACUUCAACAAUGACUCUUCUACGGGCAGUGGGGGAGGCGAGAUGAUCGAGAAGGCCGUUCAGUCGGGCAUGAUCAACCCCAGCCGCCAGUGGCAGAGCCUGAAGCACAACGGGCCGGUGGGCCAGUUCGAGUACCAGAUCCGGGUCAGCUGCGAUGAGCAUUACUACGGUUUUGGCUGCAACAAGUUCUGCCGUCCGCGCGACGACUUUUUUGGCCACUACAACUGCGACCACAACGGCAACAAGACCUGCCUCGAAGGGUGGUCCGGACUAGAAUGCAGCACUGCUAUUUGCAGGCAAGGCUGCAGCACUGAACAUGGUUCCUGUAAAUUGCCCGGAGAUUGCAAGUGUCUGUACGGCUGGCAGGGCGAGUACUGUGAUAAGUGCAUUCCUCACCCGGGCUGUGUGCACGGAACCUGCGUGGAACCGUGGCAGUGCCUCUGUGACACAAACUUUGGCGGCCAGCUCUGCGACAAAGACCUGAACACAUGUGGUACGUUCCAGCCCUGUUUGAACAUGGGGACCUGCAGCAACACUGGACCUGACAAGUACCACUGUGCCUGUCCUGAAGGCUACUCUGGUGUCAACUGCGAAAAAGCAGAGCAUGCUUGUCUGUCGGAGCCCUGUUUUAACGGAGGGAGAUGUGUGGAGACCAGUCAGGGCUUCGAGUGCCAGUGUGCCCCCGGCUGGAGUGGCCCUUCCUGCAGCAUCAAUGUGGACGAGUGUUUGCCCAACCCCUGUGGCCACGGGGGCACCUGCCAGGACCAGGUCAACGGCUUCAAGUGCACCUGUCCCUCCCAGUGGAGCGGCAAGACCUGCCUCAUUGACGCCAAUGAGUGCGAAGGCGACCCCUGCCUGAAUGCCAACUCCUGCCGCAACCUGAUUGGAGGGUACUUCUGCGAGUGCCUCCCUGGUUGGAUGGGCCAGAACUGCGAAACCAAUAUCAAUGACUGCCUGGACCAGUGUCAAAAUGGGGGAAAAUGCAAGGACAUGGUGAAUGGGUACCGUUGCGUUUGUCCGUCGGGCUUCGGCGGCGAGCACUGCGAGAAGGACGUAGACGAGUGCGCCAGUGGCCCGUGCUUGAACGGCGGCCGUUGCAAGGACGACGUCAAUGGCUUCCAGUGCCUGUGCCUGCCCGGUUUCUCUGGCAACUUCUGUCAGUUGGAUAUCGACUACUGCAUGCCGAGCCCAUGUCAAAACAGGGCCCAGUGUUUCAACCUGGCUAUUGAUUACUUCUGCAAAUGUCCAGAAGACUACGAGGGCAAGAACUGUUCCCAUUUGAAGGACCACUGUCGGACCACACCAUGCAAAGUGAUUGACAGCUGCACGGUUUCCGUGGCAUCCAACAGCACCCCUGGGGGCGUGCGUCUGAUUUCGUCCAACGUGUGCGGGCCCCACGGGCGCUGCCGGAGCCAGGCUGGGGGCCAGUUCAGCUGCGAGUGCCAGGAGGGCUUCACCGGGACAUACUGCCAUGAGAAUAUAAAUGACUGUGAAAGUGGCCCAUGUCAGAACGGGGGAACGUGUAUUGACAAAGUCAGCCUGUACCAGUGCAUCUGUGCCGAGGGCUGGGAGGGACCCAACUGUGACGACAACAUUGAUGACUGCAACACCAACCCAUGUCGCAACCGCGGCACGUGCCGAGACCUGGUGAACGACUUCUACUGCGAGUGUAAGAACGGAUGGAAGGGCAAGACAUGUCACUCAAGAGAGAGCCAGUGUGACGAGGCUACGUGCAACAAUGGCGGAACGUGCUACGAUGAAGGGGACACCUUCAAAUGCAUGUGUGCCGCCGGAUGGGAGGGUGCCACCUGUAAUAUAGCUAAGAACAGCAGCUGUCUGCCUAGUCCUUGUGAGAACGGAGGCACCUGUGUAGUCAGUGGAGACUCUUUCACCUGCGUCUGCAAAGAGGGCUGGGAGGGCCUGACCUGCAACCAAAAUUCCAACGACUGCAAUCCCCACCCUUGCUAUAACAGUGGAACCUGUGUGGAUGGAGAUAACUGGUACCGGUGUGAGUGUGCCGCGGGAUUUGCCGGACCAGACUGCCGGAUUAACAUCAACGAGUGCCAGUCGUCGCCCUGCGCAUUCGGCUCCACCUGCGUAGACGAGAUCAACGGCUACCGCUGCCUGUGUCCACCAGGGAGGGCUGGCCCCAGGUGCCAGGAAGUUACUGUGAGACCCUGUGUUGUCAACAGUCUAGUGGCUGUGGAUGGGACCAAAUGGGAUGACGAUUGCAACACCUGCCAGUGCCACAAUGGGAAGGUCACCUGUACAAAGAUCUGGUGUGGUCCCAAAUCCUGCCGGGUCCACAGUAAAAGUCACAGCGAUGGCGAGUGCCCAGUUGGUCAGACGUGUGUGCCCGUCAGGGACGAGCGCUGUUUUGUCAAGCCAUGCCCCAGCCAGGGCGAGUGCUGGUCGGCCUCCCACAGUCUCCCGCCCCAUGCGAAGUGCCACCCCGAGAGCAACUGUGCCAAUGUCACAUUCACCUUCAACAAGGACACCAUGCCACAGGGCUUGACUGUUGAGCACAUCUGCGGUGAGCUAAGGAGUCUGUAUGUGGUGAGGAACCUCUCGUCGGAGUACUCGGUGUCCAUGACAUGCGAGCCAUCGACCACCACCAACAACGAGAUCAAUGUAGCCAUUUCAACGGAGGACCCCAGACGAGGCAAGGCCCCUAUCAAGGAGAUCACGGACAAAUUCAUAGACCUGGUCAGCAAGCGAAACGGAAACAGCACUAUCAUCACAGCCAUUGUUGAAGUCCGUGUCCAGAGGAGGCAGACCCACAACCCCAAUGCAGACUACUUGGUCCCCUUGCUGGUGUCCGUAGUCAUCGUCAUCUGGCUCCUGGCUGUGGCCUCUGCGUUUAUCUGGUGCCUCAAGCGGCGCCGGAAGCCCAGCACCCACACGGGUGUCAGCACCCAGUCGACGUCCCCUGCGACAACCGCCGAAGACACCAACAACGCAGUCAACAACGUGCGUGAGCAGCUCAACCAGAUCAAGAACCCCAUCGAUAAACACGGUCCGACCAACGGCCUACCCCCAGUUAAAGAACACCCCAACCACUAUCACUACGAGGACAAGAACUCUCUUACCAACGCCAAAAUUAGAACAAACAACUCAGACGUGGGUAGCCACCAUUCGGAUGACGAGGAGUCUGAGAAGAGGCUUCAGAAGGCUAGGUUCCCCAGGCAGACGCCGUAUACUCUAGUGGACCGGGAAGAGCGGAGCCCACAGCCACUCAGCACGGCCGGCAAACACCCCAACUGGACUAACAAACAGGAUAACAGAGACUUGGAGUCGACGCAGAGCUUAAACCGAAUGGAAUUCAUUGUAUAGCGCACAGCUUGGCGACCUUGGCCCGACCACUUCAACCAGUUUAUCAUUGUUGGAAGGUCAACUGAGGGGCGCUCCAAAGUUGUUGAUACUGUUGUCAUAUUUUUGAAUCAAAAAGUUGUGAUUUACCCUUCACAAAGAAGACAAAUUUCCAUGUGUUUAAUUUAUGUUUCGACAAGCUGGCUUACACUGGCAAUAACGGUUGGCUGUGGUUUGGCUGGAUGUCCGGGUGCUGCGUUUGCUUGCAGUCUUUUGCAAAACCAGUUAACUUCGAGGCAGCACUUCUGUAAAUAGAGAUAUCGAUGUACGUGUAAGAACAUCUCUACGUUGUUCGGUAAGCUGCUGUCGAAGGCUUUUUGCAAGCUUUUUCCCGGUAGUCUUGUGUAUGAUGAAUAUUAAUGUGGGUUUAGCCUCGUAACUGGUUUUGUAGUUGUACGCGCUUCCGCAUCACCAUACCACAGCAACUAACAAAAAAUAUAAUUUAUUUUUGUUUGGGGCAGGUUGAGUCUGUCAGCAGUUGCUGCCGAUAUGAAGAAUUUGUGUCAAUGUAGAAUGUUGUAUAGAUCUGUAAAUAUUUUUUUUUUAUUAAUCAUUGUUUAUAUUGAUUGAUUUAUUAACUUAAUAAUCAAGAGCCUUAAAAUAUCAUUCCUUUUAUUUAUAUGCAAUGUUUAGAUUUGAAGGUUUGACAGCUUUGUAAGCUUACAACUUCCUUAUUUUUGAAAAUAUUGUUUCAGUAUAUACAGUAUGUUUCGUACUGUGGAUUUGAAGGUUAAAGUGCAGAUGGUCGGUCAGCUUUAAUUUGAGGAUAUUUUCAUCGAUACAUUUUUUUUUUUUUUUUUUUUUACAUGGUCUCCCCAUUUCAAGGAACCAAAAGCAUUUGGACAAAUCCACUUAUGUGUAUUAAAGUAGUUAAAAGUUUAGUAUUUGAUCCCUUAUUCUGAGCAUGCAAUGACUACAUCAAGGUUGUGACUCUACAAACUUGUUGGAUGCGGUUACAGUUUGUUUUGGUUCAGAUUAUUUUGUUCCCAAUAGAAUUGAGUGCUAAGUAAUGUCCCAUGUGGCUCAGAGUAUGGUGCUUGUAACGCCAGAGUUGUGGUUUCGAUUCCCAUGAAUGGACCAGCACAAAAUAGUACCAAAAUGUAUGACCUCACUACUGUAAGUUGCUCUGGUUAAGAACGUCUGCUAAAUGAAUUAAAUGUUAAUGUCAUUUUUGGAGUCACUUUUAUUGUAAAUAAGAAUAGAAUAUGUUUCUGAACACUACAUUAAUGUGGAUGCUACUAUGAUUACAGAUAAUCCUGAAUGAAUCGUGAAUAAUAAUGAUGAGUGAGAAAGUUGGAGGAACAAAGAUCAUACCCCAAGACAUGCUGACCUUUCACCACUACCAAUAAUGGGAGAAUAGCAUCUUUCGGAAGGGUAUGAUGUUUAUGCCUCAACUUUCUCACUCAAUUUUGUUCAUGAUUCAUUCACGAUUUUCUGUAAUCAUGGUAGCAUCCACAUUAAUGGAUGGAAACACCCUCAAAUUAAAGCUGACAGUCUGUAAUUUUAACCUCAGUCAUUGUAUAAUUUCAAAUCUAAAGUGCUGGAGUACAGAACCAAAACAUCAACAAAAUGUUUCACUGUCCAAAUACCUUUGGACCUCCACUUUGUUUCAUAAAUGCCAAAAGUGUUCUUGAAAGAAUAGUUUAUUUUUUAACAAUUUGGAUGGGCAUUUUUGUCCCCCCCAAAAAACGAAACCUGUUUUUGUACGAUGUCUGUUUGAAACCAUUUCUAUGGUAGUUUUGCCAGGACUCUUUUGUAAGUACUUAAAUGUAAGUGGGAUGGCAGGGGAAAGGACUAAAUCACAUGGAGGAUGAUUUUGCUGCUGCAGGGUCAUUUGAAUCAACUAAAUGUGGCAGACUCAUUGCUUGCCAAUUAAAUACUUUUAAGGGAACAAAAUUUUUUUUUUUUUAGCUUGACAUUUGCAUGUACAGCAUAAAAUGUGUCAAGGACAGGAAAAAAUUAUAUUCCUAGAUACUUUGGAAAAGAUUUACCUGUUUUUGAUGUAUUUGUGAUUACUUUGCAUAUUAUUUGCAUAUAUGGUAAUUAACUCUAAUGAAUGGUGGAAUUGGUUUUGUGUGCCCUGGGUGGGUGGCGAUUUCAAUGGAAUGGUCUGCAAUGAGCAAACUCGGGUCACCGGGCCAUGCAAAACGAACUCGACCAAUGAGAUACUUGAAGAGAGGAGGUCCAAUAAGAACACUGUAGAAAUGUCAUGUGACACACAGCCUUUCUAGAUCAGAGACCACAAGGCUGUAAACUUUUAAUAUAAUUUUUUGUUUGCCCUUAAGAUCAUGAUAUAAGAGAAAGUAUUUGUGUACAUUUCACUUUAGUGUGUUAAGAACUUGAGAAUAAAAGUAUUUUGGGGGGGAGCAGUUGUUCCUGGCAAGUCUUUGUUUUGUUUUGGAAAGUAAUAUUUAUUAAAAUAUUUUGUACAAAAACA